CUUUCUAACCAAUGUAACGAAGAACUAUUCAGACUAAAAGUAGAUUUAUACCUAAGAAGUCUUGAAAAUAUUAUUAUCUGUGAGGAAGGAAAAAGGAAAGAAAAAGCACAGUUUCUUGAUAAAUAUAAAAAC